AUGAUGGAUAUUGUAAGCACAUACAUUAUAAUUCCAAGUCUUGUAUUUGGAUGUGUCAUUUUGAUCAGCACCAUCAUGAAGCUGGUGACCAAAUUUUGGUUGACUCCCAUGAAGAUCCAAAGGAUCAUGAGGUCUCAAGGGAUUCAAGGCCCUUCUUAUAGGUUGAUACAAGGCAACAUGAGAGAUAUGUACACCAAAAGAAUGCAAGCCAUUGCUACCCCUAUGGAGCUCUCUCACAAUAUACUCCCUAGGGUUAUACCUCAUGUUCACUCUUGGCUCAACCAUUACGGGAGGAGCUUCCUACAGUGGUAUGGCAUUGAAGCUCAAUUAAUCAUUACAGACCCAGAAAUGAUAAAAGAAGUGUUGAACGAUAGACAAAAAAAUUACCCAAAAGCAAAACUUGGCAGCCAUUUACUUAGAAUUUUUGGGAAUGGACUUCUCACUUCUGAGGGUCAAAGAUGGGCCAAGUCUAGGAAAAUUGCCAACUUUGCUUUCCAUGGAGACAGCCUCAAAAACAUGAUACCAACUAUGAUUGAGUGUGGUGAGAAGAUGAUUGAAGGGUGGAAGAAUUAUGAAGGGAAAGAAUUGGAUGUGUUUAAAGAAUUGAAAGUGUACACUUUGGAUGUCAUUUCUCAUUCUGCUUUUGGAAGUAGUUAUCAACAAGGAAAAAAUAUCUUCCACAUGCUACAAGAGCUCGCUGAUCUAUCAAUUAGAAAUGGAUAUAAAAUUAAACUGCCAAUAAUCAGUAAGAUAUUAAAAUCGAAAGACGACGUAGAAGGAGAGCGACUUGAAAAGAGAAUGAAAGAAUGUUUCGUGGAAAUAAUAAGAGGAAGAGAAGAGAAAAUGAAGAAUGGAGAAGGAGAAGGGUAUGGGAAUGAUUUUCUAGGAAUGUUGGUGAAGGCAAAGAAUGAAGAUGAAAAAUCAGAGAGAAUAUCAAUGGAUGUGAUAGUAGCAGAAUGCAAGACAUUUUACUUUGCUGGCCAUGAGACAACCAAUGUUUUGAUUACUUGGAUUGUGUUUCUUCUUGCCAUACAUAAAGAAUGGCAAGAAGAAGCAAGAAAUGAAGUUUUAAGGAUAUUUGGACACAACAACCCAACAUCUGAAGGCCUUUCUAAAUUAAAAACAAUGACAAUGAUCAUCAAUGAAACCUUGAGGCUGUAUCCACCGGCAAUGACAGUAUCCCGACAAGUGGUGGAGAAGGAAGUGAGAUUGGGGAGCCUUCUUCUUCCGACGACACUUCAGCUGAUGAUCCCCACCGUCGCAGUCCAUCACGACAAAGCCUUUUGGGGGGAAGAUGCACAUGAAUUCAAACCAGAAAGAUUUUCAGAAGGGAUCUCAAAAACCAUCCAAAGAAACUCCGCUGGGUAUUUGCCAUUUGGGUUAGGUCCUCGAAAUUGUGUGGGGAUGAACUUUGCGAUGAACGAGGCCAAAAUUGCUAUGUCAAUGAUUCUACAAAAAUACUCAUUUACCCUCUCUCCUGCCUACGCUCACACGCCCGUUCAGUUUCUCACUACUUGCCCUCAGCAAGGACUUCAGGUCAUUCUUCGUUCUGUAUAA